GGCCGCGGCCGCCCUUGGGAAGCAGCAGCAGCGGAGCCCGGAGGAGGCGACAUGGCCAUUGUCCCAGAAGAUGGGUUUUACCACAGCUCCAACUCCACAUACAGAAGAACUCUGAAUAGCCCUUUACCAGAUGAACAGUCCCCCUUGCUUGAGGGACAGCCAGGAAGCCAUUAUGGCUCCCCGAAACCUCACGAUCGCUACCACGGGGCCUACAUAAUCUUCUUCAGCAUGGGAAUCGGUUCUCUGCUGCCCUGGAACUUCUUUAUCACUGCAAAGGAGUAUUGGAUGUACAAACUGCAGAACUGCUCUUCCCAGGGAGCCUCGGACAUUCAGAACUAUUUUGAGAGCUACAUUUCCAUCGCCUCAACAGUGCCCUCUGUUCUGUGCCUCAUCGGGAACUUUCUGUUGGUCAACAGGGUGUCGGUCCAUGUCCGAGUCUUGACCUCCUUGGCCAUCCUGCUGGUGGUAUUUGUGGUGAUAACAGUGCUGGUGAAAGUGGACACCUCCUCAUGGACUUUCUCCUUCUUCGUGGUCACUAUCAUCUGCAUGGUGAUCCUCAGUGGGGCCGCCACCAUCUUCAACAGCAGCAUCUUUGGCCUUGCGGCCUCCUUCCCCAUGAGGAAUUCUCAGGCUCUGAUAUCAGGUGGGGCCAUGGGCGGAACCAUCAGUGCCGUGGCCUCAUUGGUGGAUCUAGCAGCAUCCAAUGAUGUGACGGACUGUGCCCUGGCUUUCUUUCUGACAGCCGACAUCUUUAUCGUGAUCUGCAUUGGGUUGUAUCUGAUCCUUCCCAAGCUUGAGUACGCCAGGUAUUACAUGAAACCAGCUCGACCAAGCCAUGUAUUCUCAGACGGUUCCUUCAGUGAAGAGGAUCAGGCUUCAAGCUUCCUUAAACCUCUUCCCCAGAGCAGCAGGACAACGGACCCAAGUAUGCCCCCUCUCCCCUUCAUCCUGAAGAAGACAGCCAUUCUGGGCUUCUGUGUUAUCUAUGUCUUCUUCAUCUCCAUCAUCAUUUUCCCUGCCCUCUCCUCCAAUAUCGAGUCAGUUGACAAGAGCUCUGGAUCUCUUUGGACCAACAAGUUCUUUGUCCCUCUCACCAGCUUCCUGUUGUACAAUGUUGCUGACCUGUGUGGCCGGCAGAUCCCUGCCUGGAUUCAGGUCCCAGGUCCCAAAAGCAAACUUCUCCCUGCACUAGUUCUCCUAAGGACCUUUUUUAUUCCCCUUUUUGUUUUCUGUAACUAUCAGCCCCGGCUCCACCUGCAAAAGGUAUUCUUUAAUUCUGAUAUAUACCCAUCCAUCUUCAUCUCCCUCUUGGGAUUCAGCAAUGGCUACCUUAGCACCUUGGCACUAAUGUAUGGCCCCAGGAUCAUGCCCAAGGAGCUCGCUGAGGCUACUGGGGUACUGAUGUCAUUUUACCUGGCUCUGGGUUUAGCCUUGGGUUCAGCUUGCUCUGCCUUGGUGGUCCAUAUCAUCUAGAAAAACAGAAUAAGAUGGUAGUACCUGUGUUACCCUGACCCUUGAAGACAUGUCAAGAGCAAAGCAAAAUAUCAUGGGAAGUAACAGGUAGGGUACCCAGGGUAUCCUGGAGAAAGUACACUAAGUCUUCUAUAAGGAGCCUUUUGAAGAAGGGAAAGGUCCAUUAGUCAAUUGUGGACCAUCGAUUGAUUUCUGUUGCCUGCUGUUUGGAGAGAACCAAAAGAAUCAGAAGACUUGACUGCACUCGAGCAAUUGGAAGGCUAAAUGGAGGAGCAAGGGUACAUCCAGACAUGUAAAGAACACAGGGUUCUCUGAAAGAAGCAUCACACAUUGGACAUUUGAACAUGACUAAAAGAGACACAGAAGAAGGGUCUGGGUAGUGACUGGAGAGCCAGCAUUGGGGUCAUUGACCCACCAUUGAUACACACUAGCUGAGCUACAGUGAUCACAUCUCGUCCUCUGUGGUCCAGGCAACUCUAUAAGACUCAAGGUUGCAGAGUUGUCAAGCUGCAUCGUCGGAGGGCAUUUCCACUCUGGGAUUUCCCUAAACUGGUGAAAUCACAGGCCCAGGCCAAAAUAAGACAUUCUGCCUUUAAGUAUAUUCCUUUACUUGCUAUGGGUCUAACAAUCCUCUUUUUAGUAGUUGGGAGCUGGUUUCUUGCUCUUCUCAUCCAGUCAUUCAACCUCUUAUUUUUGUGUUUGUGCCAAAACCCAAACAAAACUCUUUGUACUAAGCUUGAGUUCCUUGGGGGAACCAUAAAGACUUGUCUCUCCCUGGCUGCUUGCUGGAUAUCCAUGGGCUCUCUCUACACAUCUCUUCAACCCUGAAGGAUUCUUCUUUGGAUGACUGUGUUGGCUGGAGGAACAGUCCUCAGAUAGCCCUUGAGUUGCAGAAGAAACCUUUACAUUCAGCUAGGAAGCUGCCACAAAUUAAGACCUGGGAGGGAUCUUAGACAUUAUCUACUCCAACCUCCUCAUUGUACAGAGGAAGAAACCAAGGGUCAGAGAAGCACCAGAGGUCACACAAGUAUUAAUAAGAGACAUUUUCAUAAUGCUUUAAACUUCACAAAGCACUUUAUCUAUAUUAUCUCAUUUGUACCUCAAAGCAGUCCUACGGGAUGGGCAAUAUGGCAUUAUCCCCAUUCCAUGGAUGAGGAACCUGAGGCUUAGCAAGCACCCAUGAGUAUGUAGCUGGUAAGGGCCAGGUAAGAUUCCAACCUAAGUUUUCCCGCCUCCCACAUUUAGUGCUUUAUCCACUCUGUCAUGCUGCUGACUCCAGAUUUAGUGCUCUCACCAUUACACCAGGGAUGCUUGACUUUUUUACGUCCUGGACUCCUUUGGCAGCCUGGUGAAGCCUGGGGACCCUUUCUCAGAACAAGGUCUUUAAGUGCAUAAAAUAAAAUACAUAGGAUGGCAAAGGGAACCAAUUAUAUCAAAAUGUAAUCAUCAAAGUCCAUUGACCUCAGUUUAAGAAGCCCCUGGACUUUAUCAUGGGGUUGCCCUCUAAGUAUGAAUCAAAAACUGUGUAUUAUAUGCAGCCUUUUUUCAGCAUGAAAAUAAGCUUCAUUUUUUCAAUUUUGCUUCAAAAUUUCUCUGACUGCCUCCAUACUGGACCUUUGGACCACCAAUGAUGAAUGCUGCCAUUAUAGCCCCAAAGCCAUCCAUAGCCAGGUUGGCUUGAGGAAUUCCAUUUUUAAAACAUGCUGCUAGAUGGUAUAGUGGACAGAGCACUGCCCUUGGAGUCAGGAGGACCUGAAUUCAAAUCCAGCCUCCGAUACUUGAUACUUACUAGUAUCAAGUCACUUAAGCCAAUUGCCACACACACACACCAACAGCACAAGCAACAUGCUGCCUGCCCAUCUAAUGAAAUUGUCAUUGUUGGAUGAGUAUGAGUGUCUCCUACAACUUAACACAAAGUUUAUUUGGAAUUGGGGACACCAGAGCACUGGGGAGUUCUCAGGAGAAGAAGAGGCAAAUGGGGAGACAUCCUGAGACAGAGGCCACUGGGUGGCCAUGGGAAAGUCACUCAACCCCUGUGAGCUUUGGUUUUCUCAAACAUAAUAUGGGGAUAAUAUGAUACCUACCUCAUGAGAUUGUUGUGAAGAAAGGGAUUUUUCGAACACUACACCGCUUCACAUAUGUAUGUGACUACAUCCAGAUGAUGCCAUGUGAGGAUAGUUUUAAAGAAGGAGGAGCGUUCACUCUGGAGAAGGAAACAUGUAAAGGGGAGACAGUAGCUAUCUUCUUCACUCUCAAUUUGAAAGGUUGUCACAUGGAGGAAGGGUCAGACUUGUUAUUGCUUGCCCCCAGAGAACAGGUCCAGGGGCAUUA